AUGAAUGAGCCUCAGAGUCAUUUCAUCAAGAAAUCGACGGAUACUCUGGGACAAGAUGACGUACAUGAGCGCACAGAAGACUCAUCAGAUGGAAACAAGAACACAAAGGUCCCCGACCCGAAAUUAGUAAAUGAACCUCGGAAGGAGAACGAACCGGCUGUGAACAAGGAGAAACCCACGAUCCAACAAUCUUGGGAGGCAGCUAUGAAGAAGGUGGAUAUAAUCGAUGGUGACCUAGUACAGGGCUAUAAAGAAGAUAUUGAUACGCUGCUGGUGUUCGCCGGUCUGUUUUCUGCGGUUGUUACGGCUUUCACCGUCGAAUCAUACCAGUGGCUACAAGACGAUCCAGCAGAAAUCACGUCCAUGCUCCUCAAUUCAACUGUCGUACUCCUCACACAGAUUGCUCAGCAAAAUGGCAGCAAUCAGUCUCCGCUCCCAUCUUCACCCCCGGCCUUCGCACCUACUCCCUCAGCCAUACGGAUCAACACCUUCUGGUUUCUCAGCCUCACCCUUGCUCUCGUUGAUGCCUUGUUCGGGCUGCUUUGCAAACAGUGGCUUCGCGAACAUCAGCGACAAACAAAUACCCAUACACCGGACCAGGCGCUAGCACUCCGUUGGCUGCGUCACCAAAGCUUCGAGAAGUGGCACGUUUCGAAAAUCCUCGUAUCUCUCCCAAUACUACUCGAAAUUGCGCUCUUCCUUUUCUUUGCUGGAAUAUUAGAUUUGUUAUGGACUCGUCACACUGUCCCUUUUGCAAUCGCUCUCGUCGUUGUUGGACUGGCCACCUUAUUCUACCUCAUGACCACCAUACUCCCUGGCUUGAGCAUGAUCCGACAAGUUCUUCAAAUUCAGCCCUAUUCCGCUUUUGGAUUUCCACUGGACCCACAAAAAAUGUACUCCUUACCAGCAGUCGACUUGAUCUGCCCCUACAAAUCCCCGCAAUCGUGGCUCGCAUUCCGUCUCCUUUCGGCCAUAUUUCGCCUUGGGCGCCACAAAGGCUUCCUGUACUCCUUCAUUCUCAAAUUCAAUCCAUCUUGGAGAUGCUACGGACCGGAUCCUCAAACUGUUUUCAAUACAGUCGUCUCGAAGAAUAUCUUGGACGUCGCCGCUUGGCCAUCAUUCGACCUCAAUCUCAUACAACGCUUCUCGAGUAUUGAAAGAUGUCCCGAUCUGUAUGGGUUGAAGGGUUUACGAUGGCUUGUACAGGAAACUCGGGACACACCGUCCAUGAUUCCGCAUCUGAAAAAUGUGCUCGCAAGGACACCUCUUCAUCUGAUCAUGCCCACUGUCUUUGAUUGUUGGGAUUCACCAGUUGUGUUCGACUUCGAGUCCGCAUUCGAAUCUCCUCGUACUAGGAUCAUCGAAGAUUUAUUCGAUGAUCGAUGGUCAGAACAUGAUUUAGCUUUAACCUGCCAAAUCGUAGCCUUCCGGCAUUUGUUGACUACCUCUGGCCAUGACUCUUUGGAAAGUGGACGGCUGGAGACUGCAGCAGAAAGGCUCUGGCAUCGUAUACUCGGUGAGCGUGUUAAUGGCCGAUUUGCGUACGCGCUUUUCUGUCCCGAGGAGUCGUUACUGGCGCCAUCAAAAGCUUCAGGGCACAUCAACGCCUUGAAUUUCUACACACGCCAUUGGGAUCAAGUGGAUAUUCCAACCCAAGUCCGACUGGUGGAGAGGCUGUCUACGUCCAUUCUUCCCUCUCUCAAACGGUUAUCGGAGCACGACAUUGGAGCUACAGUCCUGUCGUCCAGACAUGCACUCAAGUUUUUAACUUUGGUGAAUGACAAGAUCUGGAAUAAAAAGGACUUCUGCUUUGAUUCUCUUCAUGUUAAUAGUUGGAUGGACGUGUUGAGACACGUGCGGCGCAUCCAUCGGUUGCCGCUUCUGUAUUUCAAACCAGUUUUGGGCCACUUUCCAAUAACAAUGGACGAGAUGAAGAAGCUUUUGGACGGUUCAUCAGGAUCGGUAUCAGAAGUCCUCGAGCCCUUGUUGGAUCUGUGCGAGCAGUGUUGGGACAACCCAGGCAGUACAAGCUCCGGGUUUGAAAAAGAAGGUUUCAUCAAGACGUUUGCUAGUCAUAUAAAUGACAUGGUCUCGCUUCCGGCGCCGAGUGGUUCUCAUCCGACUUCAUCGACCCAUGUCCGACCGCAACGACUGUCCUCGAUCGGAUCCUUUAUCAUCGACUCACAACGGGGUCUCGACUUCCUGAAAUUCGUCAACGAGAAAUUAGUGGACGACAUUUCAUUCCAUUUUCCGUCUAGAAGCGAAAGUAUAGGGCUUUGGGUGGACGCUUUGGGGUGUGUACAGGUUUUUCGUGGACUGCCGUCCGACUAUUUCAAACCUAUCCCAAGGCUUAACGAGCAUGCGGAAAUGAUGGGUUGGUAUACACCAAGAAGCGUAUUAGGCGGGAUUGAAAGCGAAGAGGGAGGUCGGAAAACUGAAGCAGUCAACAGAAUUCCUCACCAGGAUAACGAAAAAGCGAUAAACGAACGGGAGCCACCAUCUGCAAGUCCCAGUUGUGAAAAGCAAGGACUCGGUGCUUGGAGAAACUCGGGAGCGGAGAUAUUAGCAACCUUGGGCGGUGAUCAAGUCAAGCAGCCGGAUCGUGAGGGAGUUUCGGAAGUGAAAGGGGACAACCGCAUCGUAGCGCACAGCAUCGUUGUGGGCGGGGAUGGAGAUGUUGGGGGAUCGGGGGCAGAAAAUAACGUCUGA